AUGGCGCAAAUCUACACCAGCUCUACCUCACCCGAGGUCGCCAAGUCUGUGGCCUCCUUCGUGCUCAAGCACCAGGACGAAGCCCUUGCCAAGACCGGCACUUUUAAGAUUGCCGUGUCGGGCGGCUCCAUGGGCAAGGUCUUGAAGGCAGGGUUGGUCGACAAUGCCGCGGCAGCCGGCAAGGUGCAGUGGGAAAAGUGGGAGAUCUUUUUCUCGGACGAGCGUUUGGUGCCCUUGGACCACGCGGACUCCAACUACGGGCUUUUGAACGAGUCUGUGCUUAAGUUCUUGACGGGGGCCAAGCCCACGGUCCACACGAUCGACGCCUCGCUCCUCACCGGCUCCGACGGCCAGAUUGAGGGGGCCGACGAGCAGAAAGACGAGGCCAUUGCCAAGGCGUACGCGGAGAUGCUCCCUGCGGACGGCAAGGUGGACUUGGUUCUCUUGGGAUGUGGCCCCGAUGGCCACACAUGCUCGUUGUUCCCGGGACAUGCGUUGUUGAAGGAAAACGAGAAGCGCAUUGCGCUCAUCCGCGACUCCCCAAAGCCUCCACCAAGAAGAAUCAGUUUCACGUUCCCCGUCUUGGCCAACGCCGGUGCCAUUGCUUUCAUCGCCGAGGGCGAGGGCAAGGCGCCAGUGAUCAACGAGAUUUUCAACGACGCACAGUCCGAGUUGCCCUGCAAGCUCGUGAAUGGACUCGGCGUACCGGUGUCGUGGUUUGUCAACGACGCGGCGCUCACCGGGAUCAGUGUGCCCGCGUCCAAGUACUAG